UGUUCUCCUUUGAAGUUACAGCUGUCCACAGACAAGGCGAACGUUUCUCAUACUACCAUGUCUCUCCGAUUUUCUAGUGGGUCCAGGCGUAUUUGCUUAUGGUCUGGAACUGGAUCUGUCAGACCACCCAGUGGAGGUGCAGGUUUUGCAGGUAGCAAUGCAUGUGGCAGCUCUGUUGCUGGAAGUGGAUUUUCCUGUGCUUUGGGAGGGGGCUUAGGCAGUGUUUCUGGUGGGAACCAUGCUGGUAGUGCCCUUGGAAAUGCUGCUUGUGCCGGCUUUGCUGGAAGUGAAGGGGGACUCCUCUCUGGGAAUGAGAAGGUGACCAUGCAAAAUCUUAAUGACCGCCUGGCAUCCUACCUGGAUAACGUGCGUGCUCUGGAGGAGGCAAAUGCUGAACUAGAGAGAAAAAUCAAGGGUUGGUAUGAAAAAUAUGGUCCUGGAUCAUGCCGUGGACUUGAUCAUGACUACAGCAGAUAUCACUUAACUAUCGAAGAUCUUAAAAAUAAGAUUAUCUCUUCCACUACUGCUAAUGCUAACGUCAUUCUGCAGAUCGAUAACGCUAGACUGGCUGCUGAUGAUUUCCGGCUAAAGUAUGAAAAUGAGCUCGCCCUUCACCAAAACACAGAGGCCGACAUCAAUGGGCUGCGGCGAGUCCUGGACGAACUCACGCUCUGCAGGACCGACCAGGAGCUACAGUAUGAAUCCCUGAGUGAAGAGCUGACGUAUCUCAAGAAGAACCAUGAAGAGGAAAUGAAGGCUCUACAGUGCGCCGCGGGGGGCAACGUGAAUGUGGAGAUGAACGCGGCGCCCGGCGUGGACCUCACGGUCCUGCUGAACAACAUGCGCGCCGAGUACGAAGCCCUCGCGGAGCAGAACCGCCGGGAUGCGGAGGCCUGGUUCAACGAGAAGAGUGCCACCCUGCAGCAGCAGAUCUCCGACGACGCGGGCGCGGCCACCUCGGCCAGGACCGAGCUGACAGAAAUGAAGCGCACCCUGCAGACCCUGGAGAUCGAGCUGCAGUCCCUUCUGGCAACGAAACAAUCCCUGGAGUGCUCCUUGACAGAGACCGAAGGCAACUACUGUGCGCAGCUGGCCCAGAUCCAGGCUCAGAUCGGGGCCCUGGAGGAGCAGCUGCACCAGGUCAGAACUGAGACCGAGGGUCAGAAACUGGAGUACGAGCAGCUCCUGGACAUCAAGGUCCAUCUGGAAAAAGAAAUUGACACCUACUGCCACCUGAUAGAUGGAGAUGGAAACUCAUGCUCUAAAUCAAAGGGCUUUGGAUUAGCAAGCUCCGGGAAUUCAAUUAAAGAUUUACCCAAAACCACACUGGUAAAGACGGUGGUUGAAGAGAUAGAUCAACGUGGUAAAGUCCUUUCAUCGAGGAUUCACUCCAUUGAAGAAAAGACAUCUAAAAUGACCAAUGGCAAGACAGAACAAAGGGUUCCUUUCUAGCUGUCAUGUUUGAGAAAGGAAUAAUGUGGGGAAAUGUCCUGUACAACUGCAUUAUUCUAAAUAUCAAGGAGAUAAUAAAAAUACUUUCUACCCUUAAAGACAAGUUACUUAGCAAAAAUACCUGUUUUCUUCGUUAACUUUUACAGGAAGUUGGGUGUUUGUUUUCAAAUAAAUAAAAAAGUUGAUGUUCACUCUUUUCCAU